CUUACACCUUAUCUCAUUUCCUUUCUCUUUUCUAUCUCAAGACUCUUCGAUCACACAGUGCAGCUAAACUAAUUAAAUCGUACGAGCAUAGGGGAGAAGCUUUCGGACGAUUGCGGACGUCGGUGAAAGUAGCUCUCUAAGAAGAGUACAAGAGAGCAAAGGACUUUCAUCGUUAGAAGAAAUGGCUCUUAAGUUCUCCAUAGGCAAUUAUUACGAAACCUAUAAAGAGCUAAUAAUAUCGGGACGAGAUAUUCUAAUGAAAGAUAUUAGAUCUUUCUGAGCUGAACCUCAACGACCUCCCACAAGGAAGAACUGUAUGGAAAUAAAAUUGAGCAGGGUUGAAGUUUUGUUAGAGAGAAUCUUAUGUGCGCGCGCAGAUAUGUGUAUGCUUGCCGUCCGCCCCAACUCGUAAAUGCCAGAGAAAUGAGUGCAGGUCGGGCCAGAACAAUACAAGUGGGAUGCCAAUUCGAAAUGGGGCCAGAAUAGCAGAAGCAGCCUGUUAGUUGAGCAACGAGCUUUCGAGUUAGGCCUGUCAAAGUCAAAGCACCGUUGUGAACCACCUCAGUUCUCAUUUGUCUACGCGCGCGUCAUUUUUACUAUUUCGUUUGUUAUAUUUUCACAAUAUUCUAUUCAUUUAUUUUUUUAUUUAUUUUUUUUCCUUUUAAUUGUUUCGUGCUUUUCGAAAGUUAUUUAUCAAAUAUUUGUUGAGAAAAGUUUUUUCUCCCCUUCGUUCUCUUUCUUUUUUCUCUUUCUCUCUCAUUGUGUUCGUUAUCACGUUACAUCGUGGACCAAAGGAUUAGAACAUGACGAAGAAGCAAACUUUGAUUAUAAAACUUAAAAGAUCCAGUACUGGUAGACCUUGGGGAAUAAGAAUUGCUGGAGGGGCUGAUUUGGGUUCACCUAUCGUCGUCACCCGCUCGGAGAACGAGGAGCUCCAGAGGGGUGACGUGAUAAAGAAAAUCGACGAUUACGACACACGUGAUGUGAGGCAUGUAGACGCCCAGUAUCUUCUACAAAACUCUGAAAGAAUAAAGCUCGUCGUGGAAAGGUCCGAGCAUUCUAGAGCAUCUCGUAUCGACACUUCUGCAACAUCGCCUAUGAUUAUCGGAUCGAUCAUUGGCGACAGGGCUGCGGUUACUAGUCUAGCUAAACCAGCUAGAACACCAGGGGAAUUACCAAAAAGUCCGGUACCACCGCCAUCGUUCGAAGAAUAUAUACCAUCUCCAAUUCCGUCGGAUCGUUUCCAACCAGCACACGAACAUCUCGAUGAAGUCCGCGAGGAACGAGUUUAUUUAUCACAGCCAUACCGUACAACUCCUUUGGUCUUGCCUGGUGCCAAGGUUAAAAAGGAUGCACCCUUGGGAGAAUGCUACCUUCGUCAUCAUCCCAAUCCUAUGAUUCGCGCUGCGCCACAUCAUUACGAACCAGCUCAUCCUGAAGUAGCUAUGAAACAAAAAGUGGCGGAAACGGUACUUCAACGUGUCUUGGGACCGAAUGAAGUUCCAAAGGUUGUCCACAAACAAUUCAAUUCUCCGAUUGGACUUUACUCCGAGCAAAAUAUUGCAGAUACUAUCAAAUGUCAGGCAUCGGCCAUACCCAUUUUCAUAGACUUUUCCUUCCUGAAACAAAAACAGGAUAUACAGGAGCAAGCGAGAAUUUUGAAGGAGCAGGCCAAAGCCGCUUCCUCGAAGAACGUGUGGCCGCAAUUCAAUAAACCAAAUUAGAAUCUCGUUCGAGACGUUUUUCGAUGCUUCUCUCGCGUACGUCGAUUUUACCGACGUAUUGACCCAUACGAACGAUCUGCAUUAUCGAUCGUCGAUCACGUUUGUCGUCGUUUCGUUCAUCAUUUUUUUAUCAAUUUUUUUUUCGAAAAUCGUUUUUAAAUAAUUCAGUUCGCGAACGUGAUUAUUCGAUCGAUUAAAUAAAAUAUAAAAAAUAAAUCCCCUAUCAUUAGUGUGUGCUAUAUAUUCUAUUAUUUGAAUAUUAGAGAUACAUAUACGGUAGAUACAUAUAACCUUUGAAUCGAAUGGAAAAAGUUAAAAAAAAAAAAAUUAAAAAACAAAAGAAAAAAUCAUGUAUAAAAAAAGUUAGACAAAUAAUGAUUGCAUGCAAUAGAGUAAUAAAGUAGAAAAUAUUUAACUAACUUAACACUCAGUAUCUCGCGAUAGUUUUCAAGAAUUACGUUCCCCUAUUUUUACAAAGUAUACCCAAAAUUUGUAUCCUCGAAUAUAUGUAUAUAUCGUUCUAUAAAUAUU